GUGGUGGCCCGCACAGCGGUUCUCGAACAAUUUCUCCAUACCAAUCGAUGGCAGCCGCAUCACAGACCCCACGAGCCGUGCAGCACGAUUCGCGAGGGGUUGCCGCUGGGCGACGCCACAUCCGUCACACAGUCACACGCGGCUUUGCUUGGCGAAUGCCACCUUGGGCGGAAGGCUUCCACUUCAUCGUCGGUACUGCUUGAGUGAACAACCUCUCAGAUCGAGAACAUCCCAGACGCUGUAUAACGCGGGCCAGUUUGCAGGACCCUUUAAUCGACCCUUGGGCGGAGACUUCGCGCGGCGUCUUUCCAGGCAGCAUCCCUCGCCAAGACUCCUGGACCUACCACGUUGACCGGCAGCGCUCCGCGUGCUCUGGUACUGUGCCUCACAUAUAUUAGCCUGGCCUGAGUUCGGCAUCGAUAUCCGGGUUCCUUCGAACAGGGCUGGGUUGUUCAAGGCCGCUCCCCUCUUCGCUCUUUCCCCAGAGUGGCUUGGGUCGCAUCGCAAACCCCCUGAUCGGAUCCCCCCCUGUAUAUCUCGUACCAACGUUAUGUACAUACUCCGUACGCCUCUCCUGGAAGGAGCCUUUGCCGCUUGCC